AUGUUGACAUGGGUUCGUGGAAAAAGUAAGGACAGCACCAAGGCCUGUGGAGGGACCAUGCACUCAUGCGUGUCAGUUUACAGAAGUUAAAACACUUUCCCAAAGAGCUGUCUGAUUGCCCACCACGUGUUCUUGGCAUUCUUUGGGCUCUGUAAUGUACACCUCCACACCCCUGGUCCCCAUUACCCCAGGGAUACAUUCAAACAACGCACCCGUAGUCCUCACACACACACACACACACACACACACACACACACACACACACACACACACACACACACACACCCCACCCCUAGUCUUCACUUUCCCUGGGACAACCACCACACCCCUAAUACCCAGCCCCUCUGACUCUCCCUUGGGUAUUAAUAACCCCCACGGCCCACCACUGAAGGGGGUCACAGCCACACAAAGUAUGUAGCUGACAAGAUUCAGUUACAUAAGACCAAGUAAAGAACGUGAGCAGUGGAAAAGAUGAGUGGAAGGGUCUGGACCCAUUGGCCCGGACAAAGAUUAAUUAAACAAAUAAAAAAUGCACUCAUUUCAACUUUUGAUAUGAAAUGUCAGACAAAUUACAGAUAGUCCAUCUGGAGUCUCUGUGGUCCAUCAAUGUAUGACCCCCUGAUAGAAAAGCAAAAGGUUCAAUCCUUUUUUGACAAAAUACAAAAAGUCUGUCUGAAGUAAUGUGGUUUAAGGAUGGCACUAGGGUUGAAUAUUUUCCCUGUAUUUUACAAAUGUUCCAUCCCGAGAAUAAAUCACUUCUCUCUCCGGUAACCCGGUAUUUCCCUUCAAAACCUGAAGUGUCAUUCAAAAUCAUUAUAAAGAAUAUAAAUAUGUCUGGAUUUGAUUAGAGCUUUGAUCAGCAUGAAAAUCAAAACCUGAUGCUGCCUGAGCCUGAUAAGCCAUACAGUGGGGAAAAAAAGUAUUUAGUCAGCCAUCAAUUGUGCAAGUUCUCCCACUUAAAAAGAUGAGAGAGGCCUAUAAUUUUCAUCAUAGGUACACGUCAACUAUGACAGACAAAAUGAGAAAAUUUUUUUCCAGAAAAUCACAUUGUAGGAUUUUUAAUGAAUUUAUUUGCAAAUGAUGGUGGAAAAUAAGUAUUUGGUCAAUAACAAAAAUUUCUCAAUACUUUGUUAUAUACCCAUUGUUGGCAAUGACACAGGUCAAACGUUUUCUAUAAGUCUUCACAAGGUUUUCACACACUGUUGCUGGUAUUUUGGCCCAUUCCUCCAUGCAGAUCUCCUCUAGAGCAGUGAUGUUUUGGGGCUGUCGCUGGGCAACACGGACUUUCAACUCCCUCCAAAGAUUUUCUAUGGGGUUGAGAUCUGGAGACUGGCUAGUUCACUCCAGGACCUUGAAAUGCUUCUUACGAAGCCACUCCUUCGUUGCCCGGGCGGUGUGUUUGGGAUCAUUGUCAUGCUGAAAGACCCAGCCACGUUUAAUCUUCAAUGCCCUUGCUGAUGGAAGGAGGUUUUCACUCAAAAUCUCACGAUACAUGGCCCCAUUCAUUCUUUCCUUUACACGGAUCAGUCGUCCUGGUCCCUUUGCAGAAAAACAGCCCCAAAGCAUGAUGUUUCCACCCCCAUGCUUCACAGUAGGUAUGGUGUUCUUUGGAUGCAACUCAGCAUUCUUUGUCCUCCAAACAUGACGAGUUGAGUUUUUACCAAAAAGUUAUAUUUUGGUUUCAUCUGACCAUAUGACAUUAUCCCAAUCCUCUUCUGGAUCAUCCAAAUGCACUCUAGCAAACUUCAGACGGGCCUGGACAUGUACUGCCUUAAGCAGGGGGACACGUCUAGCACUGCAGGAUUUGAGUCCCUGGCGGCGUAGUGUGUUACUGAUGGCAGGCUUUGUUACUUUGUCCCAGCUCUCUGCAGGUCAUUCACUAGGUCCCCCCGUGUGGUUCUGGGAUUUUUGCUCACCGUUCUUAUGAUCAUUUUGACCCCACGGGGUGAGAUCUUGCGUGGAGCCCCAGAUCGAGGGAGAUUAUCAGUGGUCUUGUAUGUCUUCCAUUUCCUAAUAAUUGCUCCCACAGUUAAUUUCUUCAAACCAAGCUGCUUACCUAUUGCAGAUUCAUUCUUCCCAGCCUGGUGCAGGUCUACAAUUUUGUUUCUGGUGUCCUUUGACAGCUCUUUGGUCUUGGCCAUAGUGGAGUUUGGAGUGUGACUGUUUGAGGUUGUGGACAGGUGUCUUUUAUACUGAUAACAACUUCAAACAGGGGCCAUUAAUACAGGUAACGAGUGGAGGACAGAGGAGCCUCUUAAAGAAGAAGUUACAGGUCUGUGAGAGCCAGAAAUCUUGCUUGUUUGUAGGUGACCAAAUACUUAUUUUCCACCAUAAUUUGCAAAUAAAUUCAUUAAAAAUCCUACAAUAUGAUUUUCUGGAAAAGAAAUCUCAAUUUGUCUGUCAUAGUUGACGUGUACCUAUGAUGAAAAUUACAGGCCUCUCUCAUCUUUUUAAGUGGGAGAACUUGCACAAUUGGUGGCUGACUAAAUACUUUUUUUCCCCACUGUAUAUUGAAUACAUUUUAUGAGCCCUACGACAUUUAAUGAGCCCAAGCCCAAAAAAAGCCCAAAUGAUUGUGCCAUUAUCCAAUACAUACAGUUGAAGUCGGAAGUUUACAUAAACAUUAGCCAAAUACAUUUAAACUCAGUUUUUCACAAUUCCUGACAUUUAAUCCUAGUAAAGAUUCCCUGUCUUAGGUCAGUUAGGAUCACCACUCUAUUUUAAGAAUGUGAAAUGUCUGAAUAAUAGUAGAGAGAACUAUUUAUUUCAGCUUUUAUUUAUUUCAUCACAUUCCCAGUGGGUCAGAAGUUUACAUACACUCAAUUAGUAUUUGGUAGCUUUGCCUUUAAAUUGUUUAACUUAGGUCAAACAUUUUGGGUAGCCUUCCACAAACUUCCCACAAUAAAGUUGGGUGAAUUUUGGGCCAUUCCUCCUGACAGAGCUGGUGUAACUGAGUCAGGUUUGUAGGCCUCCUUGCUCGCACACGCUUUUUCAGUUCUGCCCACAAAUGUUCUAUAAGAUUGAGGUCAGGGCUUUAUGAUGGCCACUCCAAUACCUUGACUUUGUUGUCUUUAAGCCAUUUUGCCACAACUUUGGAAGUAUGCUUGGGGUCAUUGUCCAUUUGGAAGAGCCAUUUGCGACCAAGCUUUAACUUCCUGACUGAUGUCUUGAGAUGUUGCUUAAAUAUAUCCACAUAAUUUUCCUUCCACAUGAUGCCAUCUAUUUUGUGAAGUGCACCAAUCCCUCCUGCAGCAAUGCACCCCCACAGCAUGAUGCUGCCACCCCCGUGCUUCACGGUUGGGAUGGUGUUCUUCGGCUUGCAAGCAGCCCCCUUUUUCCUCCAAACAUAACGAUGGUCAUUACGGCCAAACAGUUCUAUUUUUGUUUCAUCAGACCAGAGGACAUUUCUCCAAAAAGUACGAUCUUUGUCCCCAUGUCCAGUUGCAAACCGUAGUCUGGCUUUAUUAUGCCGGCUUUGGAGCAGUGGCUUCUUCCUUGCUGAGCGGCCUUUCAGGUUAUGUGGAUAUAGGACUCGUUUUACUGUGGAUAUAGAUACUUUUGUACCUGUUUCCUCCAGCAUCUUUACAAGGUCCUUUGCUGUUGUUCUGGGAUUGAUAUGCACUUUUUGCACCAAAGUACGUUAAUCUCUAGGAGACAGAACACGUCUCCUUCCUGAGCGGUAUGACGGCUGCGUAGGUCCCAUGGUGUUUAUACUUGCGUACUAUUGGUUGUACAGAUGAACGUGGUACCUUUAGGCGUUUGGAAAUUGCUCCCAAAGAUGAACCAGACUUGUGGAGGUCUACAAGAUUUUUUUCUGAGGUCUCGGCUGAUUUCUUUUGAUUUUCCCAUGAUGUCAAGCAAAGAGGCACUGAGUUUGAAGGUAGGCCUUGAAAUACAUCCACAGGUACACCUCCAAUUGACUCAAAUGAUGUCAAUUAGCCUACCAGAAGCUUCUAAAGCCAAGACAUCAUUUUCUGGAAUUUUCCAAGCUGUUUAAAGGCACAGUCAACUUAGUGUAUGAAACUUCUGACCCACUGGAAUUGUGAUACAGUGAAUUAUAAGUGAAAUAAUCUGUCUGUAAUCAAUUGUUGGAAAAAUUACUUGUGUCAUGCACAAAGUUGAUGUCCUAACCGACUUGCCAAAACUAUAGUUUGUUAACAAGAAAUUUGUAGAGUGGUUGAAAACGUGUAUGUAAACUUCCGACUUCAACUGUAUAUAUAUAUAUAUAUAUAUAUAUAGUACACUACUUUUGACCAGGAUUCAGGCUCUGGUAAACAAUUGUACACUAAAUAGGGAAUUGGGUGCCAUUUGGGAUGUAGCCCAGGCUUCCUGAAAGGUCACACUUAGCUAUUCCGAGGCAAUAAAAGCACUUGGCAUCUCAGUCCUAAUGACCAAUGGCUUUCCGAUGGAAAUGGCUUUCUAAUGCUGGCUGUUUUUUGGGGGAGUGGUGUGACUGGAUACAUCCCGACAGUGCUCCAAGAGGAUGUGUUGGAGUGUCAAUCCUAAUUCCAGUUAUAGCAUCACAAGUGGUCGAAUGGAUUUCCAGCGUUUUGUUAAGACUUUUAAAAAAGAGAGGUCUAUCUGAUUUAAUCAGGGUGGAUUCUACAUUGAUUUUACAUGAGCCUGCCAUCUAAAGAUGCGCAUGCGUGCAUUUGUCAAUCUUGCACUAACGCUGUGAUAGAUGAUGGAUGUGAUAAUGCAUGCAUGUGUGUGUUUGUGCAUCCAUUUGCGUGUGUGUGUGUAUAUGUCUGUACAUAUCCAUAUGUGAGUGUGCAUGAGUGUAGCCAUAUGUGUGUGUGCAUGAGUGUAUCCAUAUGUGUGUGUGCAUGAGUGUAUCCAUAUGGGUGUGUGUGUGUGUGUGUAGCUCUGAUCUAUCUGACGCUCCCUACCCAGCUCUUCUCUUCCUCAGGCCAGUGCUGUGCCAUCACUUAUCUGUCCUCCCCUCACUCAUUUAUAGACGCACAGCUUACCUCAGAGACUACAGGAAAUAAGCUGUAUUUUUCUCUCACAUACCAUCUUUCUCCAUCCAUAUCUUGUUUUCCCUGCAUCAUCCUAUCUUCUCUUUAUACGAUGUCUCUUCAUACAGUGCCUUGCAAAAGUAUUCAUCCCCCUUGGCAUUUUUCCUAUUUCGUUGCAUUACAACCUGUAAUUUAAAUGGAUUUUUAUUUGGAUUUCAUGUAAUGGACAUACACAAAAUAGACCAAAUUGGUGAAGUGGAAUGAAAAAAAUAACUUGUUUAAAAAAAUUAUACAAAAUAAAUAACGGAAAAGUGGUGCGUGCAUAUGUAUUCACCCCCUUUGCUAUGAAGCCUCUAAAUAAGAUCUGGUGCAACCAAUUACCUUCAGAAGUCACAUAAUUAGUUAAAUAAAAUCCACCUGUGUGCAAUCUAAGUGUCACAUGAUCUCAGUAUAUAUACACCUGUUCUGAAAGGCCCCAGAGUCUGCAACACCACUAAGCAAGGGGCACCACCAAGCAAGCAGCACCAUGAAGACCAAGGAGCUCUCCAAACAGGUCAGGGACAAAGUUGUGGAGAAGUACAGAUCAGGGUUGAGUUAUAAAACAAUAUCAGAAACUUUGAACAUCCCACGGAGCACCAUUAAAUCCAUUAUUAAAAAAUGGAAAGAAUAUGGCACCCCAACAAACCUGCCAAGAGAGGGCCGCCCACCAAAACUCACGGAUCAGGCAAGGAGGGCAUUAAUCAGAGAGGCAACAAAGAGACCAAAGAUAACCCUGAAGGAGCUGCAAAGCUCCACAGCGGAGAUUGGAGUAUCUGUCCAUAGGACCACUUUAAGCCGUACACUCCACAGAGCUGGGCUUUACGGAAGAGUAGCCAGAAAAAAGCCAUUGCUUAAAGAAAAAAAUAAGCAAACACAUUUGGUGUUCACCAAAAGGCAUGUGGGAGACGCCCCAAACAUAUGGAAGAAGAUACUCUGGUCAGAUUUCUCAUGGCAAUGGGCUGAUGUGAUUGCACAGUUCACCUAACAGAUAUGGGAGUUUAUCAAUGUUUAAUUUGUUUUCAAAUUCUUUGUGGGUCUGUGGGAAAUAUGUGUCUCUAAUGUAGUCAUACAUUUGGCAGGACGUUAGGAAGUGUAGCUCAGUUUCCACCUCAUUUUGUGGGCAGUGGGCACAUAGCCUGUCUUCUCUUGAGAGCCAGGUCUCUCUCUCUCUGUCUCUCUGUCUCUCUGUCUCUCUGUCUCUCUGUCUCUGUGUGUGUGUGCUGUGCUGUUCCUGAUAUUUUCUUUCACAUUGUCCUCUCUAGCAUGGUUCCGGGAACUAUGGUGGAUGCGUAACCAGGCUAGCGCAGUACAGUUUGGCUCAGUAGUGUAUCUAUUUCAGCCUGGAGAGGGUCUGUGGAUAGAGUAGUAUCAGUAGGGCUUAGGGCUCUAUUCAAUCUGUAUCACUGAAGCGUUAAAGAUUGAGCCGACAUAUACGGUGAAUGCAGUCUUUAUCAAUCACGCUGUAAUGCUGAACUUCCGCGAUACUAGAGCCCCUAGUUUGAUAUGGCCAAAAUGGAGACAUUGAUGGAGUCUUUGACAGAGAUUCAUGGGAGAAUUCAUUGAUUUACAAUGAGAUUGAAAGGGGUAAGGUGCGUUGUCACAAACAGUAAAUCUUCUUUCUUUCUUUCUUUCUUUCUUUCUUUCUUUCUUUCUUUUCUUUCUUUCUUUCUUUCUUUUAUAUAUAUAUAUAUAUAUAUAUAUAUAUAUAUAUAUAUAUAUAUAUACACACACACACACAGCUAUGUCUUAUUAUACUUGUGAGGACUUUUUGGGGUCCAACAAUUGAUUCCCAUUCAAAAUCCAAUUUUCCCUAACCUUAACCCCUAACCGUAGUUACAACCCUUUCCUGCAGUCAAAUGAUCAAAUCGUCCUCUAGUGGCCUCAUGGGUGGUAUGUUAUUAAUAUUUUUCAUGAUUUACAAUUAAUAAACAUUUUUUUAAAACCUGUCUGGUGUUUCUAUGUCAAACGCUUUUGUUAUAUUUCAGUCUUCUGUGAUGUAUAUAAAGUGUAAUAUUUGGAUGCAAACUCAAAAUGUAAUACAUUUCAACUCUAUAUCUGACAUGGUACAGGUGUCUUCUUUUUUAAGCCCAUAACCAUGUUUGUGAUGUUUAUUAAAGACUACCAAGAAACACUCUGCGUGACCCUGAUUUAGCCCACUGCAGUAAAAGCUUAACCCUAACCCUAACCCUAAUUCUAACCAUAACCCUAAACCUAAUCCCUAAACUGGCAACGUGUCCUCACUUCUCUGAAUUGUUGUUGGUUUACUCUUCUUGUGAGGACUUCUGGUAGUCACAAGUAUAGUAAAACAUGUACACACACACACUGUCAAACUGCCAAAAUAAUUAUGGGGACAAAGAAUAAAGUCACAUGACUUACACUGAUGGGAAGAAUGCUUUUGAUCUGUUGAGCCAAGAUUGUGUGAUUAACAGAGAAUAAUUUCUCUCUCUCUCUCUCUCUCUCUCUCUCUCUCUCUCUCUCUCUCUCUCUCUCUCUCUCUCUCUCUCUCUCUCUCUCUCUCUCUCUCUCUCUCUCUCUCUCUCUCUCUCUCUCUCUCUCUCUCUCUCUCUCUCUCUCUCUCUCUCUCUCUCUCUCUCUCUCUCUCUCUCUCUCUCUCUCUCUCCUCAGCCCUGAUAUUGCUUUUCUACCUGGUCUUCUAUGGCUUCCUGGCGGGGAUGUUCACGCUCACCAUGUGGGUCAUGCUGCAGACACUGGACGACAACAUUCCUACGUACCGCGACCGAGUGGCCAGUCCAGGUGACUUAUUAUGCUGCAGCAAAACAGACACUCAACCUAAACAGAACAGUGCUCAUAUUGAAAUUCACCCAUUCACUUACUCUUUCUCUCUCUCGCUCUUUCUCUUUCUCUCUCUCGCUCUUUCUCUUUCUCUCUUUCAAUCUUCCUUUCAGUCUCUCUCUCUCUUUCUCUCUCUCGCUCUUUCUCUCUCUCUCUCAAUCUUCCUUUCUGUCUCUCUCUCUUUCUCUUUCUCUCUCUCGCUCUUUCUCUUUCUCUCUCUCUCUCAAUCUUCCUUUCUGUCUCUCUCUCUCUCUCUUCACACACACACAUAAAAUAUGAAUAUGUCCACUCUCUCUCAAACAUGGCAUUAUCUCUCACGGACCGCAUCGCAUCUGGACUGCUGUUGACACAUAGACAAGGCUCUCUCACUAACGCCAGAGUUGUCUCUGCUAGCGCCUGGCCUGGCCUGCACAGUGUCUCGGACUCUGCUGCCAUGUCCCACUGAAGCCCUUACUGGCGUGACAGAGGAACUGGAAUAAACAGAUCAGUCAAACACAUUUUAGAAAUGAAAAACUACCGACCGAGUCUCAGAACCCAUUAAUUAAUACUGUGUCAGUGUAAAAAAAAGAGAGAAGUUAGAAAUGUGAUCCUGUGAAUUAUGGAGCAGAGUUGUGUGUGUGUGUGUAGGAGUGAGAGAGUCUGUCUCCCAGGCUGUGCAGGCAUCCUCCUGCUGGUCCACCAGUACAGCACCCAUCUGUUCUGUCCCCACAGCUCCUCUCCAUCUCCAUGGCCCUGACAGAGAGGCCAUCAUGAAAACUAACUCCUCUCCUUUAGGCCUACAAGUCCUAAUACUGUAUAUAAUAAUAAUAAUAUAUGCCAUUUAGCAGAUGCCUUUCUCCAAAGAGACUCACAGUCAUGCAUUUUUGUAAGGAUGGCCCCAGCAGGAAUCGAACCCAUGAUAUCGCUGUUGCAAUCACCAUGCUCUACCAAUUGAGCCAUAAUGCGGAUUUAUGCCCUCCGCCAUUCGCAGCCAACCUUCUCAAAUGAGAUUCUAUCUUUUGACUCAUCCUGCUCUUGUAAAACGUGCUGUGUGCCAAGUUUCUAAGGUGGUGUAGCAGAACCUGCAGAGCUGCAGCUAAAAUGCAAAUCUUCUGACUAGCCUCUUUUUGGGGUUUGGCAAAACAUUUGUAGAAUGCAGUUAUAGUGUAGCAAGCUUCUCUCACUCUUUCACACACACAUACACUCCUCUCAUGACAAUUUAUUCCACCCACAGUCUCCUCUCAUCCUCUCUUCUCUUCUCUCACUCUAUGUCUCCCAUUGUCCCCUCUUUUGGAGUCCUUCCAUUGUGUCAUCUGUCACUCCUGUCUUCUAAUGGGGUCCUGGGUGUUGACACCUUGAGGUCACAACUAAGACGUACUCGUCUGAAUCAGCCACGAGUCAAAUUCCAUCACAGCGUCCUGAUAAUAAAGCCUCCUCGGCCUCGCCGUUUGCAGACGGCCUGGAUGAGUCCCAAAUGGCACCCUAUUCCCUAUAUAGUGCAAUACUUCUGAGCAGGACCCAUAGGGCUCUGGUCAUAGGUAGUGCACUAUAUAGGGAAUAGGGUGACAUUUGAGACGCAGCCCCUGUCUUGACGGUUGGUCACAGCUGACCCUCUUUGCCAGCAGGGUUUCAUCUGGCGAGUGUUAAUAACAUUUGCUGUUUUGAAAACUUUUCUUAGCUAAUUAAACAAAUGUUUUUUGACAACUCUCUCCGCAACCCAUUCGAACAAUGUCAGGCAGCAUAAGCAAUACAUGUGGCUGGUUGUAAGUAUAAGAUUUGUAUAACAAUAAUAUUAUAUCUGUCAUAUGAUAUAUGAAUUGCAUUAGUGUGACUGACUGGAUUUGAAUUGGGGUCAUUUGCGUGACACCAGAAUUGAGUUAGCCUGCUGAGCUAAAGCCCAGGCAUUCACUCGGGGAGCUAACACAAAUCUUCAGAUCUCAGGCAAGGAUACUCGUCACGUGAGCGAGGUUCACUGGACCAUCUCCAUAACAUUAGUAGGUGCAGACAGUUGACGUGACAUGUUUCCCCCUACCUGUCCUCAGGUUUGGUGAUCAGGCCCCGGUCCUUGGACAUCGUCUUCAACCACACCGACCCUAAGCAGUACGACCAGUAUGUCCAGCAUCUGGAGAACUUCCUUCAGCGUGAGUGAUAGAACCCCUCUAUCAGUCCCAUUCAGUUUUUUCUAAAGAAUGUGUACAUAUCACUCCUAUGAACAAAUACAGUAUUAGUGUUGGGUCACCAUGGUAAAGGAAAUUUGAGUUUAAGUUGUUGCAGUUGAUUACACUUUGUAUACAUGACUAAGGUGUGUAUUCUACCUGACUUCAAAGGACACUGUAAUCCUUGGCAGUGGCACUGGAAUAUGUGUAUGCCACAGGAGUUUGGUGGCACCUCAAUUGGGGAGGAUGGGCUCGUGGUAAUGGCUGGAGCGGAAUACACAUGGCUUGAUGCCAUUCCAUUCGCGCCAUUACAACCAUUAUUAUGAGCCGUCCUACCCUCAGCAGCCUCCACUGGCGUAUGCAUACUAACUACGUUUUACAUGCAACACAAAACUGGCUAACUGAUUAUGUAAUAUGUAUCCCAAAGAAACAUACAAGUAAUGAAUACGUUACUGUGACAUAAUUAUUAGCUACAAUUUUGACAUGUAAUAUUUAGGUGAAUACUGUCUGUACCAGGUAAAUAGCAGGCUGUCAAAUACAGUGGAACUUGUGUCUGUGCCCUAUGUUGGGUCCCCUCAGAAUACAACGACACUGUGCAGGAGAAGAACGAACUGUGUAUGGUGGGAGAGUACUAUGAGCAGGAUGAUCAGGAGGAGAAGAAGGUGUGUCAGUUCAAGCGCAGUCUGCUCCGGCAGUGCUCCGGCCUGUCUGACACCACCUUUGGCUACGCCGAGGGGAAACCCUGCGUCCUCGUCAAGAUGAACAGGGUGAGUGCCCCGACUGGGGAUUGUCGGUUCUGCUCUUCUGAAAAUGCUAGCCCACUGAGCUAAAUCCUAUAGACUGGCGCUUAAGCCUUAAAGCCAUUAGCUCUGGGAGCUAACACAAGUCUUCAGGUCUCAGGCAAGGUUACUCAUCACACAAGCAUGGUUCACUGAACUACCUCCCCUACACGAGUACCUCCCUAUCUUAGAUCCAUUGCCUUUGGACAGCUUUUCAGUGUAUCCUCUCUCUGUCUUCAUGCAGAAGUAGAGUUUGUUCAAAUUCAUAUUGAAAAGUGCAUAUUCUCUGUCCUUUCCACUGCACUUGUUUCUUAAUCACUAUUUGGAAUAUCCUCUGUGUCGACAGGGCAUUCUGUGUCAGCAUCUCAGGUCAGACUGAAUUGAUUGGCCUCUAUGUAGCCUGACUGGUAUUCAGUUAAAUCCAACUUAAUGAAUCCAAUCAGGGGCCAUUAAGAAGAUUCUUAGGCAUCUCUGAGGCAGCUAUGUUUAUGACAGUCAAAGUCCCUGGCCCUUCAGUAAGCAGGCAGCACACAUGUGCCCGAUCUACUGACUGGUCCCUAUACGACCAGCUCAAAUCAAAUUACCUCAUUGUGUCACUAACUGAGCUACUUCUUAACAUCUUUUAACUCAAAUCAGUGCUUCCAUUUUUGAGACCAUUCUGAAAUCUGGUGUGUCUUGAUCAUUUUUCAUGUAAACAAGCUUGUGGAAUGGGUAUGAAACUCACAAAAGGUUGCUAUAAUAGUCUUCAUGAUAUUCUUCUCACUCCUACAGAUCAUUGGACUGAAACCGCGCGGGGACCCCUACAUUAACUGCACAGCUAAGGUAAAGCAAACAAACUGUUUUUCUUUUGGGUGUCACAAUUAAUUGUGUGUGUGUAUGUGUGUGUGUGUGUGUGUGUGUGUGUGUGUGUGUGUGUGUGUGUGUGUGUGUGUGUGUGUGUGUGUGUGUGUGUGUGUGUGUGUGUGUGUGUGUGUGUGUGUGUGUGUGUGUGUGUGUGUGUGUGUGUGUGUGUGUGUGUGUGUUCCAGGUUGUGUCUUUGUGUGCUAGGACUUUUAGAGACAGGUUUUGUUCCCUAUUGUGUCUAUGUUUUUUUGUAUUUGUGUGUGUGUGUGUGUGCGUUAUGUAGGUAUGCACAUGUAUGUUUCAGUCUGUGUUUUCACAAACGUGUCUGUAUUUGAUUUCUCUCCACGCUGCCUGUAGGGCCAGCAGUUCACUGGUGGGUAAGAAAUUGGGUCCUAGCCCCCCUAUGUUUUCCCAUGGUCCUAGCCCAAGCCUUUCUCCAUUACCUUUCGGCGCUGCUUCUGUCCACCUCUGUGAUGUGGCGCUUUGUCCUCUACUGCUUUAAACAGCAUUCAUGGCGUUCAUGUUGUAGAGCUUUCUAAUCUAACCCCUAUACAGUACCUAAUCACCUCAGAGACAAUAUAGACUGAGGAAUAGUCAAUAUUAAAGUGUUGAUCUUUUUAGUAAUUAUUGUCACUGACUGUAUAUAACGGCAGUUGGUGUAUGUAUCUGUAUGGUAAGGUAUUGGAACCUGAAAAGGUUCCUUCCAUUGAUUUUAGAACCCUGCUCCGCUGCGCCAUGACUCCCACUAACGGUGUUUCCAUGGUUUUCCUCUGGCUCUGACAUUCUAACAACAUCUCUCUCUCUCAGCGCACGUGCUCUGGGUUUCAUCCCUCCCUCACCGAGACUGUCAACUCUGACCUUUGUGACCUGUUUGCAAAUGUUUGAAGGUGUACAGAGAAACACUGAUGCUGUACUCUUCAGCAAAAGAUCGAGACUGGCUCUUUUAAAUCUUUCACUGGUGUUUUAACUCCCCCCCCCCUCUUUCUCUCUAAAUUCAUUUGAAUUUCUCCUCUCCACCGUAGACCAUUCUGAUACCCAUAGAGAACCAUCUGGUGGCAGAUUGUGUGUGUGCGCGUGUUUGUACGGGUAUGUGUGAGUGGAUGGGAACUAUAUUUUGUGUGCGUGCGCAUGCGUGGUAACUAUGUUGUGUACUGUGAGAGUGUGUGGUGGUUUACACUAUGUCGUGUGGUCCGUGCCAUGUGCACAUGUGUAAAGCUACAGUGUGUGUGUGUCUGUUUGUACACCAGGGUUGUUGUAUGUCGUUGUGUACAGAGUUAGUCAGAUAGAUUGUUGUUCUGAGAGUCGGUGGAGGCAGCUUCGUACAUUCCCAGUGCAUUCAUAUGUAUAGUUCUGUGAUCUCACACCUCCUCCUGUUCCUCCUCCUCCUCAUCCCCUCCUUCCUCUACUUCCUCCUCUUCCUCCUCCUCCUCUUCCUCCCACAGAGAGAAAGCCACCUGCAGAUGCAGUACUUCCCAUCCGAGGGGCGGUUCGAUAAGAUGUACUUCCCUUAUUACGGGAAAAAUUUGCAUGUAUGUACAUUAUGCUACAUAUUUAUAUUGAGAAGGAAACUGUUCAUGAGAUUGAAUGCAGAAUAAUUUAAUUGCAAUUACAAGUAGUAAAUGUUACCAUUGUCAAGGCAGUCUGGGGAGAAGAGAAUGCUGGGAAAUGUAUGGGGGUGGCCUAUUUUCACCAGAGACAAAAUGAAUGCCAGUGUAUUUUAAUGACAUCCACUGUUAUGUGAAUUAACAGUGACUCCCUCCAUCUCUCCCUGUAUGUUUGCCAGUCAACCUACGUUCAGCCCCUGGUCGCGGUCAAGCUUCUGAUUGCCAAGGAGGACUACAACAACGAGCUGACAGUGGAGUGUAAGAUCGAGGGCUCCGACCUGCGGAACAGUGACGACCGUGACAAGUUCCUGGGGCGCGUCACGUUCCGGGUCAAAGUGGUCGAGUAG